AGAUGGCUAUGUAAGAACUCUUGGCCUAAUAUGGUCUGGAAAAUUCAGAGCCAGAACCCAAUUUGUUGGAGACUGUAGAGGAAAGCUAUAUAUUUCAGCUGAAUGGUUGCCAUGCCCUUAUAAUACAUAGAACCUUCACUAUAGCUCGGGGAUUGUCUUUCUGGCAUAAUGUUUAUGAAAAUGUCAAGUUUGUUUAGGGGCAAAAUUGGCUGGAACUAGGAGAAAGCUUUUUUCGAAACCUAUUAAGGUUAUCUCCUUUAUUGAUCCUCAACUGGGAUGCCCCCGGGGACCUCCAUUCAAAAUUUAAGGUCCGAAGUCUUUAACCCCUCGUGUACAAUACGACAGUGGGAGGUUCUUACAGCUUAGCUCAACCAACUGAUGAGCCUGGCCCAUAUCGAUGAAUAAAAAAUAUUCUUGAUCAGGUUACAACUUACAAGUGGGGUACAGACAGUGCCAUUAUGAAAAUUUUGGCCUUUACUUUCAGUGUGUGGUCUAAAGGAUCCAUAAUAACAUCUACCAAGGGGGUGGGGGUGGUGGUGACAGGUGGCAGGGAACUCUAUAAUUGAAGAUUAUGACAAGGGUGAAGGGCCGACUGUCACUGUGGGCGGGCGUAUAGGAGUCGUACCCUGUCUGUUUGGAGUCCCGGACGCCCUCUGCUCUCUGCGAAGUAUCAUGUGAACUGUGGUUCAUCUUUUCAUGUCCUCCUGCGCCCAACCUUUUCCUUUUAUUUUAAUUUUUUUUAAAUUAACUAUAAAAAAAACUCUAAUAUUUCUUUUUGGGAAAAAAAAACUGACACGUGUAUGAGCUGCUGUUUUGCGCCCCUUUCCUUGUUUUACCUCCGGAUAUCCAUUGCGGCUGUUUUUUUGGGUUCUUUUUUUCUUUUUUGAAUCAUUUUAAAAUAAAAUAAUAUUUGAAUAAAAGGGAUAAAACAAUCCCUAAACCCUCAUGUUAUUGAAGUAUGGAAUUAGACCUUAAUAAAAAUACAUUUAGUCAAUUAUACAAACUAGUUUUUGGAACAAAAAAAUUACAAAAGAGUAUUUAUAUCCAUAUUAUAGUUAGAAUUUAGAAAAAAAAAGAGGAUUUUGUAAGGGGUAUUUGAAAUUUGAAUGUGGUAAAAUAAUAAUUAAGAUGCAGUUAAAUGUAAAAAGGGUAGUUAAGACUUAAGAUUGGAUUAUUAGCGAGGGAGGGAAGAAGAGAAAAAGGUGGUUAAGACUUAAGAUUUGAUUAGUAGUGAGGGAGGAAAGAAUAGCAGUACCCCGUCCUUUUUGUCAAAAUAUGUUAAUAUGGUUUGGAAUGGGGAUGGAGGGGAAGGGGACCAGAGGGGCAUUUUUUGCGAAAAAGUCCAUACGUUACUGCGGAAGUGAGCAGAGGGGUUCUCUGCCUCUGCGUACAGAGUUGAUGUUAUAGUAUUACUAUUGACUGUUACCGCUACCACCUACCAACCCACUAUCUCUCUUCUCCUUCUCUGCACUCUCCACUUUCCUUACUUUUUAGAAAAUCACCAUGAAAACGGAGCACCCAAAGCUCAAGACCACGCCUCGCCCACUCUUCUCCUGCGGCUUCUUUAGCCACUGCACCCAGUCCGUUAUCAGCCCCACCACCCCCAACACUCCCUCUCUCCCACUCUCUUCUCUCCCCACUCCACCUCCUCCUCCUCCACCCCCACCACCCUCCUCCCACCACCAAUCUCACCCUCACCCUCCCCCUCCCCAUCACCCUCCUCCCCCACCUGACUCUGAAUCCUCCUCCUCUUCCACCUCCCAAAGCUUCACCCAGUGGCGCUUCCCUCUCCCAAACUCCCCUAUCCUUCACCACCACCAACCUCCAUCACAAUCUCAUCCCUCACACACCCAAAUCUCUCCCCAGACCGACCACCCGCCGCAGUCUCCGCCGCUCAUUGCCGUUGCCAAUCUCCAGGAGCUCUUUCACGUAGCGGAGCUACAGCUCAGCACCGGCUCCGACGUGGAGAAACUCGCGGCUCUUCAGUUACUGGAACGAUCACUUGUUCCGGCUGCCGGCGGUGGAGAAGAAGCGUGCCCCGCGGCAGUGAUGCGAGGGGUAGUGGGGUGUUUGAAAGAUAGGGCGGGGGCGAGACCGGCGACGAAAGUGCUGUUGGCUCUUUGUUUGGCGGAGGGGAACCGGCACGUGGCGGUGGAGGCAGGGGCGGUGGCUGAGGUGGUGGAGGCGAUGUCGGAGAUGGAGGGGGCGGUGGCAGAGAGGGCGUUAGCGGCGCUGGAGCUGAUGUGCACGGUGGCGGAGGGGUUAGCGGAGCUACGGGCGCACGCGCUGUCAGUGCCCAUGAUGAUAUCAAUGAUGGAGAGCAUGGCGGGUAGAGGAAAAGAGUGCGCAAUUAGCAUACUGGCAGUGAUAUACAUCGGGGCUGGCGAUCAGGCGCCGCCGUCGGAAGAAGUGGCGCGUGCAGUGGCGUUAGCGUUGCAAGGCGAUUGCAGCGCGCGAGGGAAGAGGAAGGGGGCUCAACUUCUGAGGGCACUUCAGGAGAAUGGACGAUUGGAGUUAACCCAAGAGGGAUGAUGAGCGAUGGGGAUUUCGCCGUUGUGGAGCCUGGAGGUUGUUAGGGCUGAUAAUAACGGUUAUUAAGUAAAUAUAUGUAUCAAUUAAUUCUAAUCAGUAGUCACUUGUACACUUCUGUUUAUGAAUCCAUCCUACCCUAUCAUCUCUCUUAUA